AUGGUGAUUAUGGAAGGUGGCAAUGUAUAUGUGGUUGAGUCCAAUGAGUCCUCCUUUGAAGGUUCAAUUAAUGGAUCAUCUUCUUCAUUAGAUAUGAUGGAGGAUGCAACGUCUUCAACAUCAUCUUCAUCAUCACCUUCUGAUGGACCUUUGUAUGAAUUAUCAGAGCUCAUGGCCCAACUACCCAUCAAGAGAGGGCUUUCAAAGUAUUAUCAAGGCAAGUCACAGACUUUUGGAUCUCUUGCAAGUGUGAAGAGCCUUGAAGACCUUGUAAGAAGGGAAAAAGACCUUAUAGAAGGAAAUCGAAGUCAUGUAAGAGCUAUGGGGCGUUUAGACAAUCAUAUAUACAGUCCUAAGGCUGCCAUAUCAAAGAAGACUUCUAGGGUUUCUCUUCUAUCUUCACUAGGUAGGAGAGAGACAUUGUUCAGUAGUUGUAGGACUUCCAUCUCUAUACAGAAGAACCUCUAAUGUAGAAACAUGUUGGAAUUUGCAUGGUUUGUGUUGCGAGGUU